AGCUCAACGGCCAUGAGUGAGUACUUUGGCACUGGCCAUGAUAAUUACAAGUUGAUAGUAAGCCUUCCAUAAUGGCUUCAAGUGAUCCAGAAGAUAUUUUGAGUUCGCGGAAAAGGAAACGAAGAGUUCCGGAAAAUGGUCCUUAUGUUCUACGCAGCCUGAUGGAGGACGUGCCAUUGUCUGCAGAUGGAGAUAGAACGGAUAUUGAGAUUAAUUGUGUGGAAUUUCUAGGUAAGUUGCUGCUCUUUCUAUUAGAAACCGUCUGAUUAUAUUGCUAAUGUGUAUCCGCAGAUCAGAACCUAUACAUUGGAACUUCGGCCUCUGAAAUCCUUCAUUUCGUACAGAUUCCCCCGGAUCCUGCCGACAUCUCAGGAAAGCCCUCUUAUAUCUUAGCCUCGAGACUACCUCCUGCCUACCAUGAGCCAUCUAGACAAGAUAGACCUGGUGUUCAACAGAUUCUGCUGCUUCCUAAAGUCAAUAAAGCUUGUAUAUUGUGCAACUGGACAGUUACCUUCUAUUCCUUGCCAGAAUUAAGCCCAGUCUUCGGGACAACACAGAUUCGACCUUGCAACUGGAUUGGUGGCAUAGAUUUGAAUACAGAUGUUAUAAACCCUGACCAAGAUGGCAGAGGCGUUACAGUGCUUGUCUCGUUAAACAAGAAGAUGAGAGUUGUGAGAAUUGGGGAAGAUCCUCGACCUGUGAGAGUACGUUCAGUCGAGGCCGUGCAUAAGUGCUGGACUGAUGUACCAAUAGAAAAUAGAUUUUGCAGGAAGCACUAUAUCCAUCCGCCGUGACUCUUAUGCUUGUGUCGCAGAUUCCAGGUCGUACGCUUUACUUGAUGUCGAUCGUCAGUUGAAGAUACCCCUCUUUCCUAUAUCGUCCUCAGAUGAUUCCGAAUCGGGUAAUGUGGGUGGGCAGGUCGAGGAUAUAUCUGGUAAUAGUGGUGGUGGACUUUCACGAAACACAUCAUUGACUCAUCCGGGCUCAUCCGAUGACCGAACUCACGGAAGAGGUACAGGUCUUGGUGCUCCCAAGACCGGUGCGCGGCGAGACAGUCUACGAGCUGCAAGCGGAGAUCGUUCUGGACGAGUUACCCCUGAUCCCUUGUUUCAAGAGGCUUCACCUUUAGCUACGGCCGGUCCGUCGGACGCUACGCAAGGCGAACCUAGCCCUGAGAAGCCCUUACCACCUGCACCAGCUGAACCCUCAGUGACUGGCGCUCAAGCCCUUACAUCUUCUACCGCGCCUAUAUACUUGAAGCCUCAUAUAGUUUCACCUUCCCCGCAAGAGUUUCUUCUAGUCACAGGCACAGGUGUACGUGAUCAUGGAGUUGGCAUGUUCGUAAAUCUAGAAGGUGACGUCACUAGAUCAACAUUAGACUUUGCAAGAUAUCCUGACGAGAUUGUUGUGGAUGGUCGUGGUGUGGAUGUCGAACCUGUCCCUAAUACAAUAGAAGAGGAGGAAGAAGGAUAUGUGCUUGCUUCCAUGGCAUGUGAAGACGGCGAUGUGCUACGACACGGGAUUGAAAUUCAACGCUGGGACUUGGAUCCUGGGGAGGAUGCUAUACAGAAGUUUUGGUUGGAAGUGCCACCAUCUGAUGCAGCGAGUGACGAUGAAGCAGAACAUAGGAUUGGAUUAAGAACAGUUAUUCAGCCGGGGGAUAUUUAUUUUGACGAUGUGGUCGACAAACUUCGGCUAAAGCGUUUUCAACCUUUCGCACUGAAAUCUUUGAACACAUCCACUCUAUCUUUAAAGAGCACAGAUUCUCCAACCGCAAUUUCACUACAGAGAGUUACGGGCGAGAGGGAACUUUUUGAAGAAUCGCUCUCGCCAGGCUGGGAAGCCCGUCGCAACGAAGAGGAGCAACAAUUUGCUCAGAGACUGGGGAAAUCACGAGCACGCGUCGUUACUUGGUCCGGAAAAAAUGUAUGGUGGGCAAUUCGAAAUCCACUUGCCCUACGUCUUGAUGCGGAACUUGGCAUGGAGACUGGAGAUGAAGGAAUGCCUUACCUCAACAGAAGAAAAGCUAUUGAAAUGAUGAGUUCUUUACGUGGUCAAGAAGCCAAGACCGAGACCGAAUUUGUUAGCUUAGGCUAUAUCCGACAGAAGAUCGGAUUCCUUAUUCUAAUAAGCCUAUUGACGGCUCCGAUGGAUGAAGCUACGGAGACCGAAUACGGAGCUGCCGAAGAGGCUCUUUUAGAGGGUAGCCUUGACCCUAGGGUUGUUCUUGCUAUUGUUCCCAUUCUACGAAACGAGAUAAUUGAAGGGAAGACAGGUAUCUGGGUUCACGGUGGCUUAAAGGAGGCUGCAGACAAUUUCAUAACAAACACAAAUGGAGUUUGGGAUAGCCAAAGUUCAAAGAAACAUAGCAUAAUGCCUGAACAAAUCCUUCGCUUUUUGAGAAGAUUCUUGCUCUCGUGGCGCAGAAGGAAAGGAUUUGGCAGCAUUUCGAAUGAAACUGAGGUUUUUAAAAGUGUUGAUGCUGCCCUCCUGAUUGUAUUACUACAAAUGGAUACAUCAUCUCCUCGUGGACCAGCUAGAGCUAAAUCAAUCCGAGCAGAACUGAACAACCUGGUGGAUCAUGGUGUGGAUUGCUUUGAGCGAGCAAUAUCCCUGCUUCAAUUCUAUAACCGUUUAUAUGUUCUCAGUCGUUUGUAUCAGAGUAGAAAGAUGAUUGAAGAAGUGUUAAGCACAUGGAAGAGGAUCAUCGAGGGAGAGGAAGAUGAAGGGGGAGAGCUCCUCGAUGGGGAAAAUGAAGUACGAAAGUAUUUAAUCAAUGUUCGAAAUCCGAAUCUUGUGCGAGAAUAUGGUGUUUGGCUGGCAUCUAGAAAUCCCAAACUCGGUGUUCAAGUCUUCGCCGAUGGGCAAAGUCGAGUUAGGUUUGAACCAACACAAGCUCUCAAAAUAUUACGCGAGGGGGCGCCUGGUGCAGUUAAGGAUUUCCUCGAGUAUUUGGUAUUUUCAAAGCAUCAUUCAGAGUAUAUUAACGAACUUAUUGCAUAUUAUCUCGACAUAGUCACCACCAAACUGGAAGAGUCUCCCGAAGCUCGAGCGAUCCUCAUCCAAACCUAUGAGUCCUACCGAGCCCUCCGCCCACCCAAACCCACCUACCGUCAAUUCAUCACCGAAAACCCCCUCAACGAAGAAUGGUGGCACAGUCGUCUCCGUCUCCUCCAACUCCUAGGCGGAAGCCAAGGUUCCGCCUCCCAAUACGACGUCGCCGCCAUCCUCGCCCGCAUCGCACCAUACACGCAAGAACUCGUCCCCGAGAUCAUCAUCCUCGACGGCCGGCAAUCGCACCACGAAGAAGCGCUCCGUCUUUUGACCCACGGCCUCGGCGACUACGAUACAGCUAUAAACUACUGUCUCCUCGGCGGCUCCAGCAUCUACCAUCCCAUCUCCGGCACGCUCUCCCCCGCAACCCUUCCCACGCGUUCCGAACAAGCAGCGCUCUUCCACUCCCUCCUCGCGGAAUUCUUAAAAAUAGAUGAUCUCAGUAACCGCGUCGAUCAAACUAGUUCCCUACUCGAGCGUUUUGGCGGCUGGUUCGAUGUGGGUGAUGUGUUGGGUAUGAUACCCGAUACGUGGAGUGUGGAGCUGGUGAGCGGGUUUCUGGUUAGUGCGCUGAGGCGCAUUGUGAGGGAGAGGAGUGAGACGAUGGUUAUUAAGGCGUUGAGUGGUGCGGAUAAUUUAAAGACGAGUGUGGUGCUGAUUGAUAGGGUGAGGGAGAUGGGUCCGAAAAUUGUGAUGGAGUCGGAAGUGGAAGGAGGGGUGUAGCAUGGGGGGGGGAUAAUUAUAUAUGGGCAUUUGGUUUCGUAGGUGCUUGUUGCAGAUGAAGGAUAUCAUGAAAAAGUUAUCAUUAGUUCGUAGUUAGGAAUCAAAUGCUACUGA